AUGAGCCACCACGCUCGUCGCGAGUUGACGGGCGCACACCCUUCCCGCGCAUCCGCCUCGACGCCCGCUCCCACCGAGCACCGCCUGUCAGACGCCAGCAGCACCUCGUCCUCGUCCUCUUCCUCGUCCUCGUCGCGACCCAGGGACUGGAUGCAGACCGGCUCAUCGGUCUCUGUCAACACGGCCGUCUCGGGCGCAAACUCGGCGGGCCCAACGACGGGCUUGACCAGCCCAGCAUCCUCCGAGCCCGUCUCGCCCUUUGCGAGUCCCGUCCCCGUCGCACUCGACGCACACACCCUCGCGUCCGCCGAAGAAGGGAAACUCCCGUACCACUCUCACCACGCAGCGACCGGGAACGGGUUGGCGAUCAAUGGCGCGGGAGCGGCGGGCAGGGGUGGGUACGCCAAGAUGUCGGAUGUGACGGACGAGGAUGGUCGGUAUGCGCGCAAGUUGGCGCAGCAGCAUCAUCAGGGGAAUGGAUUUGGCCAGGCGGGCGAGACGGGAAAGGGAGAGUGGGACGAGUUGUUGGGACAGGCGAGGCAGGCUGGAAAGGCCUGGAGGCGGACGUGGGAGAAGGAGGGCUGGAACGGCGUCGUCGCGAAACUCCGACGAACCCGGCUCCCCUCUCUCACCUCUGCCCGACGCUCCCUCACCUCUUCCUCCUCCCGCCUCCCUCCCCUACGCUCACUCGUCUCCGUCAUCCCACCACGACGACGGAUAACCGUCCUCGUCACCUUCGCUCUCAUCUCGCUCCUCCUCCUCUUCUCCCGCUCCUCUCACGGACCGCCAGGCCACGGCCUCAUCCGUCGCGGACGGUACACCAGCGCCCGAAAGACGCACGACCUCCUCCAACUGCGCACACGCGAGCUUGUACCCGCCGGCUACCCCCCAAGCGCUAACAUCGCCAAAGUUGUCGAGUCCGUCUCGAAUCCAUACGGCUUCAUGUCGCUAAUCGACCCAUACUCGGGCAAUGUAUUCAACCCUUCGGUACUGCCGUUGCCAGACGCGGCAGGCGCGGGGUGGCAGUACUUGCUCGUUGCGAGGGGGGAGGAGAAGUUCGAGGUCAUCGAGGGCGAGGACACGCGAUGGGAAUCGGUCGUGGGGUGCUUCCUCCUCCCACUCAAGCGCGCCUACUUAGGACUACCGUACCUCGCGCGCGAGUCGGAGCUCACGACGCUCAACCUCCCCGCCCAGCGCAAGGUCGAGUACCUCCGCUGCCACAACCCGACUUUCGACCAGUUUAUCGGACCCGAGGACCCGCGGUUGUUCUUCACGAACGAUGGACAGCCGUUGUUGAUCUAUUCGCAGACGGGGAGGAUGCCGAAUGUCUGUCGAGCGUUGUUCAUCAUUGACGCCAGGAUGGUCAUCCCCGGACUCGACAAGGCGCUCAAGCGGGCCGGCUACAACCCGCCCGUCGUCUUCCGCGAACAAACUGACUUGAUCCGAGAAGGCUCAACGAACAUCGAGAAGAACUGGUCACCCAUGCUAGGCGAGAACGACGAGCUCUUCUUCCACGUCUCCCUCGUCCCUCAACAAAUCUACAAAUACGUCCCGAACCUCACCCUGCGCCCACUCGACCCGCUCGCGCCGUCGCACAACUGCCUCACCGACAUCCUCGGGCCCGACAUGAACCGCGUCCACCUGCACCAUGCGACGCCCCUCAUCCGCGCUACGAUGUGCAAAAGGGGUGAGUGUGUCCCUGACGUGCACAACACGGUGUUGUUUGGGAUCAUCCAUGUCAAGUAUCAUCCCCUCCCCUACCUCCACUACGUCCGCCACGUCGUAACCUGGAACGUCACCUCUCCCUACGAGUACCUAAGCGUCUCGAAGCCGCUCACCUACAGCGGGACGAACCAGGCCGACCCGAUCUUCACCGUCUCGAUGGCGUGGCAGUCGCCUUCGGAUCGCCAUGGGCUUGGAUUGAACCACGGGUUCUUGGACGAUACGGUGUUGAUCUCGUUUGGCGUCGGCGAUUACGGGUCGGCGUACACGGACGUCCUCGCGUACGACCUCUUGACGGACCACCAACUCUGCGCCGGCAUCGGCGGCACCUCCCUCUGGCCUCGUCGGCACACCUCGCCCGCCUAA